AUGCACCUUUGCAAACUUUUUGCUAAUUCUAUUCACAAAGAUCCUCCUUUUAGAAAUCCAUAUGUUUAUUUGAAGGAAGAAGAAUUUAUAAGAUUGCAGAAACAAAAACAACUAUCAGAAUCAAAGCUAUUAAAAGAAAGAAAGGAAGAAGAAAACUUUAAGCAUAAUCAAAUUAUUUUGGCUUUAGAUAAUUUAAGCAAUGCAGUGGGGACGAAAAAAUUAGGUGAUACUCGGAAGAAGCUAAUUAAAAAAAAAGAAAAUCUUAUGGAGAUUAUAUUUCCAAUUGAGUCAAAUACUUCCAGCGAAGACUCUAGCAAAGAAAUUCAUAGUAAUGAGAGAAGCAAUCGAAAUAUAAAGGAAAACAGGGGAUUAUUCAGAUUCUUCACUUCUCAUAUAUCUAAAUCCACGAUUAAUUCUUGCCUCACAUCUCUUUGCACAAAAGACUUUAGUGAUUCUGAAUACACAGAUAUCACCACAACAUCUUACAGCCCUGAAGCUAUGAAUAAUGAUGCUACCAACACUACUAAUACGUCUAUUUGUAGUUCCGUAGUAGCCCUUAAAUCUAAAGAUUCCUUUCUUCCCUCAUCGGAUGCAGCUGCAAAAUUGGAGUAUCUGUCUUCCCCCGAUUAUUCAACAACUAGUUAUCGAAUUUCCUACGAUGAUAAUAAUCGACUUCUAGCCGAUGGUGUAUACCCAUUAAUAGAGUCUUCUUCCUUUUACUCAUUAAAAACCUCAAGUCUACCACCAGGUCUAAGAACUUUUCCUAAAAUUCUGGAACUUUCAAUUAAUUCUAACACAUAUCAUAAUAAUAGACCAUUUAUUAAGACUGUCUUUUUCUCUGAUACUAUUCUGAAUUGCUCAAGGAAUACCUAUUCUACAGAAAGUGAAAGUACAGUAAAUUUAGCUCCUGAUACUUAUGAAGUUCAAAGACCCGAAAACCACGAUUUUCCAGCGAGCAAGAUAUCAUAUAUUUCUAAUCAGAAAGAAAGUGACUUUUAUAAUAUUGAUGGAAGUAUUGUGUUACCCAAAGCUAAUUAUACAGAUAGUCAGUUAAGCUCAUUUAGAGAAAGAUACCAUAGGCAUUCUAUCACAUCAAACAAGUUGCGACUUCACAGUUUUUGUUCGAACAAACAAGAAAUAGAACCAAGGCAGCUCAAAUACACUACUCAUGAACAGUCACCCAAUGAACUAGGAAAUAAAAUAUGCACAAGAAGUUUUAAAAAUAGCGAGAAGAAUAGUAUUGACUACUUAAGUGAUAUUAGCUCUAAUUUCAUACAUAGACAAAUCGAAGAAUUCGAAAGUUCUAGCGUCUAUGAAUCUGGAUCUGAUAGAUACUAUUGUCAAGAUUAUCUGAUACUAUAG